GAAAAUUCAAUUAGAAUUAAAAGAAGAAGAAGAAGAAGAAGAAAAAAAGUGUUGAAUUGUGUUUUAAGUGCGAACGCGCGUGUAUUUAUUUGGUGCACUGUGAAGCGAUUUUUGCCAAAAAAAAAAAAAAAAAAUUUGCAACUUUUCUUUAUAUAGACAUGCAUACGAUAUGUUAACGUACAGCAACAACAACAGCAACACACGUUUACUUUAAAAAUUUGAAAAUUCCUUGCCCAGGCACUGACAAUCUUAUUAUUGUUGUUGUUGCUUUUCUUGCUAUUGCUGUAUCCAUUAUAUCGCAAAGUCUUCGGUCGUUGGGCGGUCUGUCGAUUGGUCGUUCAAUCACUUCAGUGCUUUGUGCUUAUUUGGCAGAUUUUUGGCUUUUUUUGUUUUCGUAUUUUUUUAUUUUUUUUCCUUUAUAAAAUUGAUUGGAAAAAAAUGAUUUUCUACAUUUUCUGGUGCAAUUUCGAUUUUCUAAUAAUAACUUUGCGUCAUCGAUUUCGUUUUGAACAAGAACGGCAGUUAAACUAAAAAAAAAAAAAGAAGAGUGUAUGGUGUAUAGCAAAAGAAGCAACCCUAGGCCAAGCUACCUUUUAUGUACAUGCACAAAAAUUCAUAAAAGGCUUAAUGUUGAAACAUACGUCAACGGCCGGCGGGCCAGCUAAUGGUCAAGUGCGCAAUAACGGUACAACAACCGCCCGGAAUAUACACUUAAGGCCACCGCAGCCACUGAACAUAUCGACACUGAGCCAAAGCAAUCAGAUGCAGAAUAAUUCAUCAGGGGCCCCGCAUAAUAAUAACACCGCGAAUGGAGGACCGCGUAUAACGACUUUAUUGAAUAUAUCACCAAAUACUGGCGGUGCGACGGUGUCAACGGCAACUGGUGUGGUAACGGCAACUGCUGCGAGUUCUGCUAAUGGUGCGAUACCGCCGCCUGUGCCAGGAAAUGGCACAAAUAAUGGGAACACCACAAACACAACACCUAUAACCCAGAUACAUGGCCCUUUAACACCAAAUGGAUUGAGCACUAUAGGGAAUAAUUUGCACACCUACACCAAUCAGCAUAUAUUGGCACAUGCAGCAACAGCGGCUGCUGUUAGUAAUGCUAACACUAAUACCAACGGUACGGUGAUUGGCAAUCACAAUAACAAUAACACGACAACAGUAUCGAAUGCAAACAAUCAUCAAAACAAUUACACGAACUGCACUAAUCCCGCGGGAAGUUUAAUCAAUCAGUCCAAACAUGGCCCGGGCCCCAGAGAGGCACUUACCAGUUUGGGUCUGCUUUGCUUGGUUUCAUUGCUUCUGGCUUUGUUGUCUUUAAUUUUCCUGCUGAAAAUUUCCCCAAAUGCUAGAGAAGAUGCUUUGACGCGUAGCUCACCGGAGGAUUUCGUUAUUGUAUACGAUGUUACAUUGGCGCUGUGCGCUUUGUCGUUAUCUCUGAAUCUAUGCUGUCUGUUGGUGUGUGCAAUACAGUUCCUGUUCGCCGUUAAAUUGGUUAGAUCGCCAAUGUUUGAUGGGCGUGAUAAUCGUUAUUUGGAAAAAUCAAGCACCAGUCGUACUUGUGCGGUGGGUGGAUUUUUUAUAUCCAUACCAAUCUUUUUAACUGGUAUCAUUUUAUAUACAUUCAAUCAUUUUCAUUCCACGCCAGCCAUCAUAACAAGUGUUUUGAUUGGUUUAGGUAUUGUGUUCUGCGGCGCUGCUAUGGUGCAUAAUGUCUUUGUAUGGCAAAAAGAGAAAACCAUUAGUUAUCGCACCCCAUCGUUACACCAUCAUCAUCCUUCCCACCAUAUGUCGCUAAUAUCGCAAAUUGGGCCAAUAACACCGCCAGCUCCGUUUCUAUCUCAUCCCCUAUCUCCAAGCCAUUUGAAUUUCAAUCACUCAAACGCGUCAAUAUUACUGCAACCGACACCUGUAACGCCGGUAUCCCCAAAUCAUUCGCAUGGCAGUUUUAAUCCUUUAACUACGUUAAGUUCCUCCUUUCUAAUGAGACCUGCCACCGCUACACCACCAACACCCAAACCUAUUUCGAAUGGUUGCCUAUCAACAUUGGGAGGCGGCGGUGUUGUAGCACGUGAAACUAGUGGCUCUGUGAGUCCUGGUCUACCGCCGACUUUAGAUAUGAGCAAUGUCGCCGCCAGCACUUCAUUGCAUGAAUUAUCUACGUUAGUGUAAAAGUAUUCUUUGUUUGUUAAUAUAAGUUAAU